AUGGCAACCAGUUAUGUGCCUAGUGAUCAACGAAUCAUACCCACCGAUGAGAUGGAGUUGAUGUUGGGGUCACUGAACAAAGUAUUGGAAUGCCUUACGAAAUGCUCGUAUGACUUCGAACAGAUUCGUUGGCAAGUGCUGAAAUUUGUGACGUAUCGAGACGCAAUCGGGAAAGUGGAUGAAUUUCGCAGUGUCUUUAACACAUAUAGAGUAUCGCUGAACAACGGUAUUGACGAUCUGAUUCGUGUGUUCACACAAUCACUGCAGAACACUUCAUAUCCUCGCAAGAUCGCCAACGACGACGUACAGUUGAUUCAUACAGCAGAUAACACGCAGUUACCAUCUUCAUCAUUCUCGCCAAUAAUAAACCAUAACAACAACGAUCUGACGGACAAUCGUAUUACUAUUCACCCAUUAUUACCACCACAAAUAGAUGAUGACAGUUUUUCGAAAAACACCGACGAAUCAGUUAUGAAUGGGUCUAUUUGUUUGAAUUCAACGCAGCAACGGUCAGAUGUUCGAGUUGUACAAGAGCAACUUCCACAAAAUAACGAUGAAUUAUCGAAUCAGAAUGGAGGAAUAAGAGCGGAAGAUAUCAUGGAAAUAGUGGAAGAUUCACUCGAUAAUAUCGAUGUUUUCACUGGCACUGAUAACGAUAACGCUCAUAAUAAUAAUAGCAGUAAUUCAUCUAAAGUUAUCGACAAGGAACAGAUGGAAGAAGGUAUGGAAGAUGAUGAGAAUAAUAAUGGCAUGGUAUCAGAAGGUUUGGUAGCAUCAGAAACCGAAUCGAGUCUUCAGAAGGAGAUUGGAAGUGAACAGAACACGACGAGUGAAAGGCGCACAGACAGUGGAGAUCUCGAGAAGGCAUGA